AUUCCGCGGACAGUAGUUGAAAGAUUAGUGGUUGCAAAGAUGCUCUGUAGAAAUGGACUGUUUUUAAGUUUAACUCUCAAUAGUUUAUUUAGUUUGUCUGUUACUCAGGAUCCGUGUGUGACAGUCGACGGCCGCGAGGGACGUUGCGUACCAGUCAAUAGUUGUGCGUGGAUCCUCACCAAGUCUCUAACCGAGAAGGAUACCUUUCAUAAAAGUGAGUGUGGUACUCUGGAUGAUUCUACUCCACUGGUAUGCUGCCGUAAGUGGACUAAUUUGGAGAGCUGUGGUUAUGGCCAAAGUGACGAUGACGGUAUGAGGCGAGAAAGCGGGGAAUUUCCCUGGGUUGUUGAUGUUUUGUUUAAAAGGCUUGGACGAAAUCAUCUAUUCAAAUGUACAGGAUCGCUCAUUAACCGUGAGUACGUCCUAACUGCGGCACACUGCGUGAAAGAUAUGCCUUUUAGACUCAAACCGCAUAAAGUGCGAGUGAAAAGAGGCCAAAAAUUCAAAGAAUAUGACGUGGAACGAUUCAUAGUACAUCCAAACUACACGACAGAUUUCAACAACAAGAUAAAUGAUUUGGCUCUUUUGAAAUUGGCUCAAACCGUUGAUUUCACUGACCAAGUACAGCCUGCCUGUUUGCCGGUGGAUGAUGUUUCGGAUCAAUUACCGAAAAGUGGACAAACAGUAUCAAUUUAUGCUGCCGGCCCAUCGAGAACAGACUCUGUACGACGUGACAAAAAACUCAUCUCAAUGCAGGUGCGAGAUCCGGCCCUGUGCAACAGGUAUUAUCGCGAAGUUUAUCUUGAACUUGCCCCGGUUCAGCUGUGCGUGGGAGGAGAAAUCGGAAGAGACGCUUGUCCGGGUGAUUCCGGUGGUCCGUUAAUGUUGAAACGAGAGACCGGGAAGUUGGACAAUCAAAUCACCAGUACCAGCCAAGUUCGCUGGUAUCAGGUCGGGAUAGUUAGUCUCGGUCCACAGCAUUGUGGGGGCAAGAUUCCCGGAAUUUACGUAAAUCUGCUAAACUACAUCGAAUGGAUAGAGGCAACAGUUGAUACGGAUUAGUGAGAGUAAUUACUUUGCAAACUUAACAGAGUGUAAACGGGAAUCCAAAAUGAUGGUGAUGGUUUCAAGAGCAGCUACUGAAUAUUCAUGAGAAGUGGUGAUUCACAAGGGAUAAUAUAUCGAUAAUAUGUGUUCAAUGCAGAGGUGUAAAUUUAUAAUGAUGGAUCGUUUAUCGAAGAAGACAGCGAUGGAGCGGAAAAAUAUGGUGAUUACGAAUUUAAAAAGCGUCCGCGAUCGUUUACUAAUCGUUACAAAAUGUGUUUUGUUAUCUACUAAUUAAUAAAGAAAAACGUGUGAAUGUGAAAAAUGUCCUCAUUGCAAAA